AAAGGAAAGAUUAAAAAAAUAUAUAUAUAUUUGCCUUUUAAUUCGGUGAUAUUCCACGUCAUCACCACCAAUACUACAAUCGAAGGAAUUCUUUCCCCUUCCAAACUCAUAGAAUUCACGCGCAAAAUCGUUCCUCCUUGUCCGAAUAGGAAAGUUUUAGGGCUUUUAAUUGGCUAGAUCCACGAGACUUGCUGCCCAAUUCUCCUCUAUAUAAGGGUUCAAUGCGCUCCAGUUUAUGGGGUUUAUUCCUUUUUUAUUUUUGAUUUUUCCUUGAUUGAUUUACGAAUUUCGUUUGUGUGCGGUGAUCUGAGUUUCUGAUUCGAAGUAUUGGGGGUUUAGGUUUUUGCUCGUUUGCCGGACUUAGGUUUAAAUUAGGUUUUUGGGUUAGGUUUUUGCGCCGGUUUUUUUUUUUUAGUUUGGAGAUAUGGCUGGCUCAAAUAGUCCGAAUUCGUCCGUUUCCUCGCCGCCGCCGCCGCCAGAGCAAAAUCAGCCGUCGAAGCAUUGGGGGGUGACGAAAUCGUUGUCUCAUGUGGGGCCGACCAAUGUUGAUAUUCAUAGAAAUAGGGAGUUGCAGAAGUUUUUGCUGGAUUCGGGAAUUUAUGAGAGUGCGGAAGAAUCUGCGAAGAGGGAACUGGUUCUCGAAAAACUUAAGCAGAUUGUGAAAGUUUGGGUGAAACAGCUUACUCGGAUAAAGGGAUACAGUGAUCAAAUGGUGGAAGAUGCCAACGCCGCUAUUUUUACCUUUGGUUCGUAUAGACUCGGGGUACAUGGCCCUGGAUCUGACAUUGAUACUUUGUGUGUUGGGCCAUCCUACAUUAAUCGCGAGGAAGACUUUUUUUAUGGACUCCAUUGCAUUUUAAACGAGAUUGAAGAAGUUACCGAACUCCAACCAAUACCUGAUGCCCGUGUGCCUGUUAUGAAAUUCAAGUUUGACGGGAUUCCAAUUGAUCUCCUAUAUGCAAGCGUUUCUCUCUUGGUUGUUCCAGACGAUUUCGACAUCUCAAAUAUAUCUGUGUUGUACAACAUCGACGAAACAACUGCAUGUAGUCUUAAUGGAUGCCGAGUAGCAGAUCAGAUUCUCAAACUUGUUCCAAACGUUGAGAACUUCCGGACGACACUGCAAUGCCUAAAGUUCUGGGCUAAGAGACGUGGAAUUUAUUCGAAUGUGAUGGGGUUUCUUGGUGGUGUGAACUGGGCUAUUCUUGUGGCUCGGCUGUGUCAAUUUUAUCCCCAAGCAAAUCCGAGUAUGUUAGUGUAUCGUUUCUUCAGAGUCUAUACGAUGUGGCGUUGGCCAAAUGCCGUGACACUUUGUGAAAUAGAGCACAAUGCACUUGGAUUUACUGUAUGGGAUCCUCGUAUAAAUGCUUGGGAUGGACUGCAUCUCAUGCCAAUUAUUACCCCUGCCUACCCUUGCAUGAAUUCUAGUUACAAUGUUUCAGCAAGCACUCUCCGCGUUAUGUUGGAACAGUUCCAAUUUGGUAAAAAUAUCUGCGAGGACAUCGAGCUGAAUAAAUUGAAGUGGAGUGCUUUGUUUGAACCAUAUUCAUUCUUCGAAAGCUACAAAAACUUUCUGCAAGUUGAAAUGAUUGCUUCCGAUCUUGAUGACUUGCGUUCUUGGAAAGGUUGGGUUGAAUCUCGUCUAAGACAGCUAAUUCUGAAGAUAGAGCGCGACACCGGUGAAAUAUUACAGUGCCAUCCUAAUCCACGUGACUAUGCGGAUUCUUCAAAGCAGUGCGCUCACAGUGCCUUUUUCAUGGGCUUACAAAGAAAGCAAGGAGAGGUGGUACAAGAAGGCCAGCAGUUUGAUAUCCGUAAAACAGUUGAUGAAUUUAGGCAUCAAAUAAAGUCCUACUUGUACAGGAAACCUGGCAUGGAAAUAUACGUUUCUCAUGUUCGUAGAAAGCAAAUUCCCUCUUAUGCAUAUCCAGAGGGCUACAAAAGAAACAGAAAUACCAAGCCCAUUAAUGAGGUACUACAGGUUGAUAAGAUGUCUACAGUAAGUGUACUAAAACGGAAAAAAAUUGACGGACCAGAGUUGGAGCGAAGCCCAGAGAAACGGGCUUCUGUUGGUCCUAAGCUGCAAGAUUCAGUUCUGUCCGAGCGUAUUUGUGCAAGAAGUUCAGUGGUGGAAAAGGCUUCAAUGAUUCGACCGUGCGUGUUUGUGGAUGGAGUGAAUAAACAAGUGGACCCCACGAUUUUAAAGAAUGUGCGCCUCGCAUCUAAUGGGAGAGACAUGAAGCUUGAUAGGGAUAAAGAGCCUAAUGCUACGGUUGCAAUGGUUCUCAAAUCUGGUGAAGGAGUUGGAUCGGAGCUUGUGCAGACGAAUGUGAUGAGGCAUGUUUACAAACAAUUGAGAACUCCAUGCAUUUUUUAACUUCUAUUGAGAAAUCGAUAUUUUUUAUUAUUAUUUUUUUUUUAUUUCGUCUUCAUGCUUCUUUUACUUUUGGUUCUUUUGAUACCAAAUGCAGCAACAGGUUAAGUCUUACUUCAAAUGCCUGAACGAAAGAAGAUAUCGGUAGAACGCGCACCGUUUACAUUACUGAAAAGCCAGCAUAUCGGGUAAGUAUCGAAUUUGUUGCUGGAUUUCAUACAUUUCUUAUAUGUCCAGGCAAAUCUUCGAUUCUUGAGAGGAAGAACGAAAAAUCAAGCAGCAGCAAAUCCUUCCCUAGACUUUCUUCUGACAUGCUAUAACAUGUACAGUUACUGAAUUAUAAAAAGAACAAAAAAUGAAAAAAAAUGAGAAAAAAAACGAGAAAAAAAAAAUAGAAAAAGAAAAGAAUCUCGUAUUGCGAAAGUUAUCGAGGGUUCAAUGUGCUCUUGAUUUCUUGGGCUGAUAUUUAGUGGAUUUUCGACUAAGAUUAGGGUUUUGCUUUGGUGGUUAAUGAGGUUUGACCUCAUUUUUUGCAACUGUGCUAAUUUUGACUUUGUAAAUCAGUAACAUCUAAUGACAUUUUUUUAUAUAUUUAACAGUUUUUGGUACUCUGGUUU